CCAAAAUUUAAGUAGAGACGGGGUUGUCAGUUGCAAAACACUGGACUGCAGCCGUGUCCCUGCGUAUAUUUACGCCUCGGUCCGUCUUCAUCUUGAUCUAGCCUACGGGAUCUGCGGAGAGAGAGGGCAGAAAGAUGUACAUCAAGUCUAUCAUCAUCGAAGGAUUUAAAUCCUACGCCCAGAGGACGGAAAUCAACGGCUUCGAUCCGCUCUUCAACGCGAUCACAGGACUGAACGGCAGCGGAAAGUCCAACAUCCUCGACUCCAUCUGCUUCGUCCUGGGCAUUUCCAACCUCAGCCAUGUGCGAGCCUCCAACCUGCAGGACCUGGUGUAUAAAAACGGACAGGGUGGCAUCACUAAAGCCACUGUUUCUAUUACGUUUGACAACUCCAACAAAAGCCAGAGUCCUCUGGGGUUUGAGACCCACGAUGAAAUCACCGUCACCAGACAGGUGGUGAUCGGUGGCAGGAACAAGUACCUCAUCAAUGGAGUCAACGCCAACAACACCCGGGUGCAGGACCUGUUCUGCUCAGUCGGUCUUAACGUUAACAACCCACAUUUCCUCAUCAUGCAGGGGCGGAUCACCAAGGUCCUGAACAUGAAGCCGCUGGAGAUCCUCGCCAUGAUCGAGGAGGCGGCCGGCACCAGGAUGUACGAGUGUAAAAAGCUCGGCGCCCAGAAGACCAUCGAGAAGAAGGAAGCCAAACUAAAGGAGAUUCAGACUAUUCUGGAUGAGGAAAUCACUCCAACCAUGCAGAAACUGCAAGAAGAGCGAUCAUCUUAUCUGGAGUACCAGAAGCUGAUGCGUGAGAUCCAGCACCUGUCUCGCCUCUAUGUGGCCUGGCUGUUCGUGUGCGCCGAGGAGACCAAGAUGAAGUCCGCGGAGAACCUGAAGGUGAUGCAGGACAACAUCGCCCAGAUGCAAGCCAACAUGGCCGAGAACGAGAACAAAAUCCACGAGCUCUCCGCCCAGAUCCAGGAGCUGGAGAAGAAAAGAGACCAGGAGCUGAUCGGCGUGCUGAAAACCCUGGAGGCCACUCUAGCCGACGCCCAGCGGGUGGACGCCAAAGCCCAAAGCAAGCUGGACAUAAAGAAGCAGAACCUCAAAGAUGAGACCAAGAAGCGAAAGGAGCUCGUGAAGAGCAUGGAAGAAGACAAGAAGACGCUGGAGGUGAAGGAGAAGCAGCUGUCCAAGUUGGCCGAGCAGCUCCGGGCCGUUCAGGAGGAGGGGCAGGAGGACGGCGCCGCCCUGGAGGCCGCCGAGCAGCACCUGCGGGCCGUGCUGGCCGGUCUGUCCACCAACGAGGACGGCGAGGCGGAGACGCUCGCCGGCCAGAUGAUAGCCUGCAAGAACAGCAUGAGCAAGGCGGAGACGGAGGCCAAGAUGGCCCAAAUGACCCUGAAGCACGCCCAGGCUGAGCUGAAGUCCAAACAGGCUGAGGUGACCAAGAUGGACAGCGGCUACAAGAAGGACCAGGACGCCCUGCAGGCCGUCAGGAAGUCCACGGAGAAGCUGCAGGCGGAGCUGGCCAAGUUCAACUACGAAGAUGGGAAGGAGGAAAGGCUGCUGGAGCAGAGGCGGGAUCUGUCCAGACAGGUGUCUCAGCUCAAAGGGACCUACGAGCGCCUCAUGUCCCGCUUCCCCAACCUGCGCUUUGACUACAAGGAUCCAGAGGCCGGGUGGGACCGCAGCAAGGUGAAGGGGCUGCUGGCCAACCUGAUCACGGUCAGCGACGUCACCUACGCCACCGCGCUGGAGGUCGUUGCCGGAAACCGGCUGUACAACAUCGUUGUCGACACGGAGGUGACGGGCAAGAAGCUGCUGGAGAAGGGAGAGCUGCAGCGGCGCUACACCAUCAUCCCCCUGAACAAGAUCUCCGCCAAGACGCUCAACGACAAAGUGAUCAACACGGCGAAGGGCCUGGUUGGAAAGGAGAACGUCCACACGGCCCUGUCCCUGGUGGGCUACGAGGCCGACGUGCGGAAAGCCAUGGAGUACGUGUUCGGCUCCACCCUGGUGUGCGACACCCUGGACAACGCCAAAAGGGUGGCGUUCGACAAGCAGGUCAUGAUUAAGACGGUCACGCUCGGAGGGGACAUCUUCGACCCUCAGGGAACUCUGAGUGGAGGUGCCCGCUCUCAGUCGGCGUCGAUCCUGUCGAGCCUGCAGGAGGUGAAGGACGUCCAGAGCAGCCUGAGCGAGAAGGAGGCCCAGCUGCAGGACGUGGAGCGCCAGCUGGCCGGCCUCAAAGGGACCGCCGAGAAGUACCGGCAGCUGAAGCAGCAGUACGACCUGAAGGUGGAGGAGGAGCGCAUCCUGCAGGUCAAAGUGCAGCAGAGCUCCUUCUACUACCAGCAGGAGGAGCUGGAGGGUCUGCGCAAGGCCAUAGCGGAGAGCGAGGAGACGCUGCGCGUCACCAAGGAGGUGCAGAAGCGGGCCGAGGAGAAAUGCAAGGUGCUGGAGAGCAAGAUGAAAAACGCCAAGGCGGAGCGGGAGAAGGAGCUGAAGGGAGCCCAGGAGCGGCUGAACGCGGCCAAGGCCAAAGCGGACGCCUUCAACAAGAAGCUGAAGCAGAAGCAGCAGGAGUCCGACACGGUGGCCCUGGAGCUGGAGGAGCUGCAGAAGGAGCAGGCUGGCUACGAGCAGCAGAUCCAGGCCGUAGACGAGGCCAUGAAGGCCAUCCAGGAGCAGAUCGACGACAUGGCCUGCACCGUGUCCCAGAACAAGGAGGCGCUGCGUGAAGCAGAGGAGGAGGUGACCAAGCAGAAGGAGGUGAUCGUGGCCCACGACCAUCAGUUCAAGGAAAAAAGCACGGAGGUGAACAAGAUCAGGGAGAACAACCACAAAACGCAGCUGAAGAUCAGGGAGCUGGAGCACAACAUCAGCAAGCACCACAAAGAGAGCCAGGAGGCCGCCGACAAGGUGGCCCGGAUGCUGGAGGAACACGACUGGAUCCACUCGGAGCGGCAGUUCUUCGGCAAGCCCAACACGUCCUACGACUUCAAGACGAACAACCCCCGCGAGGCCGGCAAGCGCCUGAAGAAGCUGGAGGAGACCACGGGCAAGCUGGAGAGGGUCAUCAACAAGAGGGCCAUGAACAUGCUCAACGAGGCGGAGGAAAGGUACAACGACCUGAUGAAGAAGAAGAGGAUCGUGGAGAACGACAAGGCGAAGAUCCUGCAGACCAUCACGGAGCUGGACCAGAAGAAGAACGAGGCUCUCAACGUGGCGUGGCAGAAGGUAAACAAGGACUUCGGCUCCAUUUUCUCCACCCUGCUGCCCGGAGCCACAGCCAAGCUGGCUCCUCCCCAGGGAUGUGGCGUCCUGGACGGCCUGGAGUUCAAAGUGGCUUUGGGCGACACCUGGAAGGAGAACCUCUCUGAACUCAGCGGCGGGCAGAGGUCCCUCGUGGCUUUGUCUCUCAUUCUGGCCAUGCUGCUCUUCAAACCCGCUCCCAUCUACAUCCUGGAUGAGGUGGACGCCGCUCUGGACCUGUCGCACACGCAGAACAUCGGACAGAUGCUGCGCAGACACUUCACGCACUCUCAGUUCGUGGUGGUGUCCCUCAAAGACGGGAUGUUCGCCAACGCCAACGUCCUGUUCAAGACCAAGUUCGUCGACGGCAUGUCCACGGUGUCGCGGACGGCACUCAGCCAGAGCGAGGCCGCCGUUCCCCUCAAAGCCACGGACAAGGCCCGUCAGAAGGACAAGAGGAACAGGCAGCUCAUCAGCUAAUGGCCGCCGCCAUCUUUCACCCGUUUCCUAUAAAAUGUUAGCAACUUUCCCUACGUGGACAGUAACUGCUUUGUUUGUCCUUUUAUAGAAAUAGCAUCUUAAUGUUUCUCAUCCUGUCCUGUGCUUUUUCAUGUUCCUUUCUUUUAAAUCAAGCUGAUGGAUCUAUAUGUGUUUUUGUAAAUAAAGCAAGUAACCCGCCA